UGGCAGACACCAACCAGAGAGAGAGAGAGAGAGAGAGAGGUGAUAAACGAGGGAUAGAUAAUAUCAACAUUUCAUAACCUCACCAUGGACUCCAUCUGGACUGGGAUUCUACUCUUUCUGAUCUGGAUGUGAUGCAGUUAGAGAGGCGAGGAAGAGAAGAGAUCUCUGCUGUACUUGUUAUCAUCUUGGUGCGAGGCUGACGGGAGAGGACAGAAGAGGAGAGGAAGAGAGGAAAGAGGAGAGCUCCGUGUGGGUUCUACUGUGUGUGUGACGAAACUGGAACAGUGGAUGGAGCAGUGGAGAUGAGAUCCUAGCAGACACUAGCCAGCGGAACACACAGAUAAAGAAAGAGAGAGACAACCGUCACUCGGAUGGAGGAAGAAGAUAUCGUCUGUCAGACAGUGAAAGAGAGGAGGAGGAGGAGGAGGUCUGGAGCGGAGGAAGGGUCAACCAGUAUGAAGAAUCUUUAUGACAACUCCUCACCCCACAGAGUUUCCAAUGAUGACCGUAGCUCUGCUGCGAGUGGCGUGGACGUCGCGGACCGCCUGACGUACCUGGAGCAGCGGAUGCAGAUGCAGGAGGAUGAGAUCCAGCUGCUGAAGAUGGCCCUGGCCGACGUCCUCAAGAGACUCAACAUCUCAGAGGAACAUCAGGCCGCCAACACCAAGAAAGGGCCUGCUGGGAAAGCAGCUAGGCCUGUGUCUCUGGCCCUGCCGUCCAGACCAUCAAUGAACAGCCCUGCCUCUUUGAAGAAGAGUUACACAACCUCCACACUGCCCUCUACAUCCACCGCACGGAACUACAGCCCCUUACCACCAGCAUCAGCCAAGAGUGGUGUGAAGAGUCCGGUAGGCAGUGUGAAGGAGAGUCCAUGUAUCUCUAAAACGUCUCGGCCUGGCCCCCGACCUGGACCCCCAGGGUCCACAGCCCCCGGCAAUAAGAAAGCUGAAAGCAAAACCAAGGAGCCUGCAGCCAGUGUCGGGUCGAGGCAGGUGACGCACUGUAAAGUGACUAUGCAGAUCUAUCUGAACCCCCUAACAAGAAGGACUGGGUCUUCUGAAGCGGCCAAAUCAGCCCCCACGGUCCCCAACUCUAGACCCACCAGAACCCCCACCCCUUCUCAGACCAAAGGAGGCCCCCCCACCUCAGACCGAACUAAGCCCGAGACAUGCAAAACACCCCCCGCCUUCACCCUCCCCCUGCAGAAAAGCACCAAUCAGAAUACGUAUUCUUCUAUGGAAAUGUCCAAUUACAAAAGCCCCCUCAAAUCACCAAGCCAGUACUUCCAAAUCUGUUACUAAGGCAAUAGGGUAGGCUAGGAGGAGGUAGAGGUUGCUCCUAACCAUUUGGUCUAGGUUCAGAUAAAAGGUUAAGGUUAGGAUUGGGGGAGGGUAAUCUGAUUCUAGAUCUGUGGUUAAGGGCAGCUUCUACGCCAAGCUCUUACAAGUGUAGUGGGUCUGUAAGCGAACUCGGUUUUCACGAUGUUUGAAAAAUGUUUGUGUUUCUAGCAAUGUGAGCGAAUUUAGAAGUAGAGGUUGUCUUUAGUAAUGUUUGAGAUUGACUGAUAGUUACACCGUUUUGGUUUUGAGGUGUUUAGUUUCACCAGCAGUAAAGGGAAGAGUGAGUUUGUUUGUUUUGUUGCUUUUCCUAGCACCAUCCGUGACCAUAGUCCUCUUACCUUUUUCCCGUUUAAUUUCUUACAUAUUUCUGUCAACUGAAAGCCUGUGUUUUUUUUCUCCUGAUCCUUUCUGUUUUAAUGUCUCCAUUUUGUGUGUGUGCUUUGUAGUUUUACUUCAGUAAAAUAUGAAUCAUCUCCCUGACUUUGGGGAUGUAUGAGUGAAUUCUCUUAUUUGGUUUAUGAGUGUAUUUGUCUGGUCUCUGUUGACAGCCAUUAAACAUUUCAGUCAUCACCUA